UCCCGGAGGAAAGCGGCGCAGCUGCCCUGGGAGGACGGCAGGUGGGAUAGUUCCCCAUGUCCACCUCCCUGGUCUCCACCCCACCCCCAGAAAGAGCUCAGAGGGAGAAUCAGUAGAGACUCCAGCCUUCCCAGGCCACUGGCAGGAUUGGGUUCUGCUCCCCAUCGGAAACCCCCACCACAGGACAAUGGGGGGUCCAGGCUGCUUCCCAGCAGCCUUCCCCGGAAAUGCUCCGUCUUCCACCUCUUCGUUGCCUGUCUCUUACUGGGCUUCCUCUCCCUGCUCUGGCUGCAGCUCAGCUGCUCCGGUGACAUGGCCUGGGCAGCCAAGGGACAAGGCCAGGAGACCCCAGGUCCACCCCGGGCCUGUCCCCCAGAGCCGCCCCCUGAGCACUGGGAAGAAGAUCCAUCAUGGGGCCCCCACCGCCUGGCAGUGCUGGUGCCCUUCCGAGAACGCUUUGAGGAGCUCCUGGUCUUUGUGCCCCACAUGCAUCGCUUCCUGAUCAGGAAGAAGAUCCCACACCACAUCUACGUGCUCAACCAGGUGGAUCAUUUCAGGUUCAACCGGGCAGCACUCAUCAAUGUGGGCUUCCUGGAGAGCAGCAACAGCACAGACUACAUCGCCAUGCACGACGUGGACCUGCUCCCUCUCAACGAGGAGCUGGACUAUGGCUUCCCUGAGGCAGGGCCCUUCCACGUGGCCUCCCCAGAGCUCCACCCGCUCUACCACUACAAGACUUAUGUCGGCGGCAUCCUGCUGCUCUCCAAGCAGCACUACCAGCUGUGCAACGGGAUGUCCAACCGCUUCUGGGGCUGGGGCCGUGAGGACGAUGAAUUCUACCGGCGCAUCAAAGGAGCUGGGCUCCAGCUAUUCCGCCCCUCGGGAAUCAAAACUGGAUACAAGACAUUUCGCCACCUGCAUGACCCAGCCUGGCGGAAGAGGGACCAGAAACGCAUUGCAGCUCAAAAACAGGAACAAUUCAAGGUGGACCGGGAGGGAGGUCUGAACACUGUGAAGUACCGUGUGGAUGCUCGCACAGCCCUGACUGUGGGUGGGGCCCCGUGCACUGUUCUCAACAUCAUGUUGGACUGUGACAAGGCUGCUACCCCCUGGUGCACAUUUGGCUGAGUUGGCUGGACAGUAAGGAGGCUUGUACCUACAGGCCACACUGCUAUUCAGGCCCUGGACAAAGCCUCAGGCCCUGGGCCCAGCUCCAGUAGGAUGUGGAGUGGUCUGCAGGCUACGUGUUUGCAGCAGCCUGGCCCCCAGAGGCAGGCUUGAGCCAGGACAAGACACACAGGGCGCCUGGGAUGCUGCUAGCAAUAAACAGUGAUGGAGAGAGGCUGGGAUGUGGCUCCCAACCGGGACUCUCCGCCCUGCCUCUGCUUGCCCUGCUCUGCCCUCCUUUGCAUGCUGAGACCUGCGGGCUUUGUUCCUUCCUCCAGGACCGCCUCAUGCAGAGAUAUGGUUUAGAGGCCAGGCUGCUGAUAUGAGUGGCUAGGGCCAUUGGGAGGCUUAAAGUGCAGAAACCAGAGAGCAAGCCCCACAGAAAGGGAACAACAGAGCAGCUGUAGCUGGUUGUCACCAUGUAGGAAUGUGGGCCUGUGUUGUCAGAUCUUCGGAUUUUUCAAAAGAAACUAGAAGUCUGGAUUCUUAAGUGAAAUUGGUUAAUUAUUAAAUGAUAGCAACUAAUUGAAACUUUUAAAAA